AUGACAAAAUCUACCACCAAACCCCCGAAUGACAAAGACCAAGCCACGAACCGCCUAACCCAACUCUCCUCCCACAUAUCACCGAACCCCAAACCAAAACCUCAAGAACCUCUCCCAGCAGACCACUCCGAUGUCCUCUCGCAACUACAGACCCUGCGCAACAUAGCGCAAACACCCGAUCCUCAAAACCGAGGCUACGUCCGCCAAAAGCAAGCAGGCAAACUCUGGGUCCGCGAACGCAUAGACCUUCUACUUGACAAAAACACCUUCGCCGAGAUCGGCUCCGUCUCCGGCACAGCAACAUGGCAGAAGACUGGGCAUGCGCGCGAAAAACCCGUCUCCUUCGUACCCAGCAACAACGUCCAAGGCGCUGGCCUGCUGCGCGGCCGCAAGGUGUUGCUUACAGCUGAUGAUUUCAGUAUCCGGUCUGGACAUGCGGACGGGGCGUCUGCGGGGAAGACGGUUUAUGUUGAGAAGUUGGCGAUUGCGUUGCGGAUGCCGGUUGUCAAGCUUGUUGAUGGGAGUAGUGGGGGUGGCAGUGUGACGACGAUUAAGAAGGAGGGAUGGAGUUAUCUACCGCAUGUUGCGUCGUUCGAGUACGUGAUUAAGCAGUUGAAUAUGGGGAUUCCGAAUUUGGGGGCUGUUGUUGGGCCGGCGAUCGGCCUCGGUGCAGCCAGAGUAGUCUCCUGCCACUUCUCCGUAAUGGCGGCUGAUAUCGGAGCACUCUUUAAUGCAGGCCCGAAAGUCGUGGAAGGAGCGACUUUCGAAGAAGGACUUGACUUUCAAGACCUUGGCGGGCCAAUGAUGCAUUGCACGAAUGGUACAAUCGAUAAUCUCGCUGCUAAUGAGGAAGAAUGCUACGAGCAGCUGCGUACUGUCUUGUCUUACCUGCCCAACAGCGGGUCCGACGCACCGCCAACAGUACCCUGCGUGGACUCUGUGGAGCGCGAGGAUAUUUCGUUGCGGAGUCUUAUACCACGACGACAGAAUCGCAUGUAUAAUGCGCGCACUGUCAUUCUUUCUGUUGUUGAUGAGGGGUCUUGGUUCGAGAUCGGUGCUUUGUGGGGAAGGACUGCGAUUGGUGGUCUUGCCAGGUUGGGUGGACGGCCUGUUGGUAUAAUCACGCUUAACUGUGAGGUUAAUGGGGGAGCGUUGGAUGCAGCGGGGAGUCAGAAGUUGACCCGGCUGUUGAAGUUGUGUGAUGUGAUGAAUUUGCCGGUUUUGCAGUUUUUGGACAUUCCGGGAUACGCUAUUGGUACUGUUGCUGAGCGCACAGCGACUAUGCGAUGGGGCGUUGAACUUGCCAAGGCGUAUUUCAGUACUACUAUGCCAGUCUUUAAUGUCGUCACGCGCCGGGUCUAUGGUGUCGCUGGCGGUGUUAUGCUGGGCUGUCGGGAUCCGGUUAUGCAGGUUGCUUGGCCGUCUGGGCAAUGGGGGUCUUUGCCGCUUGAUGGCGGGAUUGAGGUUGGACAUCGGCAUGAGCUGAGGGAGGCCGAGAAGGUUGGGAAGAAGGAGGAGCGGUAUAAGGAGUUGGAAGAGGAGUAUUUGCGAUUGAUGAAUCCUGUGCGCACGGCGAAUGCGUUUGGCGUUGAGGAAAUCAUUGAUCCGAAGGAUACGAGGAAGGUCUGCUGUUCAUGGGCUGAGCAUGUCUAUGAGGUUCUUAUGAAGGAGAGAUUGGCGGACAGGGCUUGUGGGAAGUUGCAGCCUUCCUUUGCCUAA